ACAUAAAAAACUUUGCGGCAAGCACGUUUCGAAGCAGAAAAUUAACAGAACCUUCCCUUCAUCGUCGUGUCGCCCUCUACGUUCCAUUUCCCGCGAAAACCUCUCCUGUCUACCCCUCCCAUCUCUCUAUCCAUAUGUUUUCCCUCUUUGUAUCCUCUCUCUUUCUCUCUCUAACAUUCUCACUCUACACUCACAAUGCAAUGAAGAACCUGAUCAAUUCAAUCAGUACCGAUUUACAUCCAUGUCGACAAACGAUCACGAAGAUCCUUCAUCGUCGUCAAAAACGAUGCCGUCUCCUUCUCCGUCAACUCUCAAUCCCUCCUCCUCUCCUUCCUCUUUCAAACUCCGAAAAAUCCCUCCCAUUCCAAUCCGCCGAAUCCAGAAACCUGACGCUUCAUUGAACGACACCGAAUCAAUCAACAAUGACGACGGCACCGAUACAUAUUACGAUAGUAGAAAUGACGGUAAGGAGAUAUUGGAGGAGAGAAAUUGUAAAACGGAAAAGAAUUCGCCGAUAAUUAUGGCGUCAGCGCUCGGGUUGAAUCAUAUCAGAACACGAUCCCUCCCUGUUCCUUCUCCGCUUAGGUUUUCGUCGUCUGUUGGUGCGCCGUCGUAUUUAGAGAAUGCUCAGGUUAAUAAUAAGGAGGGUAAAACUGACGUCGAAACGAGGCUUGCUGGAGGGGAAAAGGUUUCGUGGAGUCAUUCAAAACCACGGAGAACUCAUUCGCAACUCAAUCCAGCAAUGGAGGGCAAUCAGGCAGCAUUUUUUGCAAAGGAAAUCCAGUCUCCACGUUUUCAAGCUAUAUUGCGUCUUACAAGUGGAAGGAUGAAGAAGCCAGACGUUAAGAGCUUCUCUCACGAGCUUAAUUCCAAAGGAGUUAGGCCUUUUCCAGUUUGGAAGUCCCGCGCAUUUGGUCACAUGGAGGAAGUUAUGGUGGUAAUAAGGACGAAAUUCAUCAGGUUAAAGGAGGAAGUUGAUUGUGAUUUAGGUAUAUUUGCUGGGGAUUUGGUGGGUAUACUUGAAAAGACCUCGGAUGCUCACCCUGAAUGGAGAGAGAGUUUGGAGGACUUAUUGGUUGUAGCUAGACAAUGUGCUAAGAUGUCAUCUAAUGAAUUUUGGGUGAAAUGUGAGAGUAUCGUCCUGAACCUAGAUGAUAAACGUCAAGAGCUUCCAAUGGGGAUUGUCAAACAAGCACACACUCGGCUUUUAUUUAUCCUCACUCGAUGCACUAGGCUUGUGCAGUUUCAAAAGGAGAAUGGUUAUGAUGAAGACAAAAUUCUGGGUAUUCAUCAAUUUAGUGAUCUUGGAGUUUAUCCAGAACAGAUUAUAGAAAUUGUGCAGCAGGACUUUAGUGGUCCAUUGGUGGGGUGGAAGAAAGCGAAUGAGAAGCAGAGAAAGAAAUUCCAUAGUCAUGAACAAGACAGUCAGUUUAUUAAGCAAGAUCAUCUAGAUCAAACUUUGGACGUUGGCACGGCAAAAAGUUUUGAUUCAACUGGAAGUAGUUUUAAGAUGUCAUCUUGGAAAAAACUUCCAUCCGCUGCUGAGAAAAAUCGGAAGGGUUCUGAUCUUGUUCAAACACCUUCAAAGGAUAAAUCAGAACCACUUCAAAAUAAGGAUGAUUAUUCUGAAAAUCUUGAAACUCCAGAGCAUCCUCUAUCCCCAGGAACAAACAGAGUUUCUUGGGGUCUCUUGGGGGAACAACACAAUGUUGCAUAUGAAAAUUCCAUGAUAUGCCGGAUCUGUGAGGUUGAAAUACCUAUUGUACAUGUAGAGGAACACUCUCUGAUUUGUACUAUUGCUGACAGAUGUGACUUGAAAGGCUUUGGUGUAAAUGAAAGACUUGAAAGAGUUGCGGAAACUCUCGAAAAGAUACUGGACUCAUGGUCACCAAAAAGCACACCAAAAAGCACUCCAAAAGGCUGUGAUACUCCAAGAGGAAGUCCUGAGGUUGAAAGACUGCCUGCAUCAGGUAUACAUGAAGUAUCAGAUGGGUUAUCAACAAAACGAAACAGCUUCUCCUCUCACUGCUCUGAAGAGAUGCUUGAUGUCGUCCCUGAUACUUUGGUGAUGGAAGUUCUCAACGCUUUUCCAGGAAUUUCAAGCGAAGCAUGUUCCACUCUGACAACAGAUGUAGACAAAAAAACCUCAUCAGGAGAAAGCUUGACACCACGAACACCAUUAUUAACGCCAAGGACUAGCCAAAUAGGAUUGCUAUUGAGUGGACAGAGGACAAUAGCAGAGCUUGAGAAUUCCCAUCAGGUAAGCAAGCUACUGGAUAUUGCUCGUUCUGUUGUAAGUCUAAGUGGCAACUAUAGUGCAUUACAGAGCAUGCUGGACCUUGUACAAGACGUAAAAUAUGCCAUUCAGGAUAGGAAGGUGGAUGCCCUCAUUGUAGAGACUUUUGGAAGACGCAUAGAGAAAUUACUUCAGGAGAAAUGUGUGCUUCUCUGUAAACAAAUAGAUGAUGGGAAAUCAGAUCCAUCAAAUCAUAUGGCUGAUGAAGAUAGUUCAGAGGAAAAUGAUGCAGUUCGAAGUUUGCGUACAAGUCCUAUUAAUAUGUCUUCUAAAGACCGAACUUCUAUAGAGGAUUUUGAAAUAAUAAAACCAAUCAGUAGAGGGGCAUUUGGAAGGGUUUUCCUUGCCAGAAAAAGAGCUACCGGUGAUUUGUUUGCUAUAAAGGUCUUAAAGAAGGCUGACAUGAUCCGUAAAAAUGCAGUUCAAAGUGUUUUGGAAGAUCGUUGCAUCAUCAUAACAGUCAGCAAUCCUUUUGUGGUUCGAUUUUUCUACUCCUUCACAUGCAGGGAAAAUUUGUAUCUGGUCAUGGAAUAUCUAAACGGUGGAGAUCUGUACUCUUUAUUGAGAAACUUGGGCUGCUUGGAUGAAGACAUGGCCCGUAUGUAUAUUGCAGAAGUUGUUCUUGCUUUGGAGUAUUUGCAUUCUUCAAAUGUCAUUCAUAGAGACCUGAAGCCUGACAAUUUGUUGAUUAGUCAAGAUGGUCACAUCAAGUUGACAGAUUUUGGGCUAUCAAAAGUUGGUCUUAUCAACAGUACAGAUGAUUUGUCUGUUCCGUUAGCCAGCAGUUCUGGUUUUCUUGAUGAUGAUGAACUGAAAAGUCAAUCUUCAUCCAAGAGUGAAGAGCGUCAAAAGCAUCCAGUUAUUGGAACUCCUGAUUAUUUGGCACCUGAGAUACUUCUUGGAAUGGGGCAUGGUGCAACUGCUGAUUGGUGGUCUGUGGGUGUUAUUCUUUAUGAGAUGCUUGUUGGUAUACCUCCAUUCAAUGCAGAAACUCCACAGCAAAUAUUUGACAACAUAAUGAAUAGAGAUAUUCCUUGGCCCAGGAUUCCUGAGGAGAUGAGCUUCGAUGCCUGUGAUUUGAUUGACAAAUUGUUGGCAGAAAAUCCACUUCAAAGGCUAGGAGCAACAGGAGCUAGAGAGGUUAAGAAACAUUCUUUCUUUAGAGACAUAAAUUGGGACACGCUUGCAAGGCAAAAGGCUAUGUUCAUUCCAUCGGGAGAAGCGCAUGACACAAGUUAUUUUAUGAGCCGGUAUAUAUGGAAUCCAGAAGGUGAAAAUGUGCAUGGAGGUAGUGACUUUGAGGACCUGUCAGACGCAUGCAGCAGUGGUUCAUUCAGCAAUACACAUGAUGAUAACGGGGAUGAAUGUGAUAGCUUGGCAGAGGUUGGCACCCCAAUUCUUGAUAUGACGUACUCUUUUAGUAAUUUCUCGUUUAAGAAUUUGCCUCAGCUGGUUUCCAUCAAUUAUGAUCUAGUUGGUAAGAGCACAAAGGAAGCAGCAGAUGCCUCCAAACCAUCAGUUCCUUGACAUUUUAAAUUUGGUUGAUUCAGCGUAUGUAAGCUUCCACGACCUACACAAUUCUUCAUUUGCUACCUGCUGAAGUUCCUGAAAAUUUUGCACAGUUUCUUUACAUGGUUGCCCUCGUUUUGAGUUCUUUGAUCUGAAAAUUUCAGAAAGAGGCUUUCCUGGGACAGGAGCAGAGCUUGAAUAAGCAGCCUAUUAGGAACACGACAUGCCCAUUUUACAGAUAUGGAGCUGCCAAACAAAGUGAUACUUCAGCAAAGAGAGUGGGAUUUGAUUGCUGCAGCCAACAGUGGAUGGAUGUUAAGUGGGACAAGUACAUGCUAUUUCGGGGUGGAUCUCAACUUUUUGAAAGUAGGUAGGUAAGGUCUCAUUGUUAAUUUUUUCUGAAUGAUUCUGCAAUCCAUAAAAGCUUUUAGAUUGUGAUAGAAAGAGAGAAAGAAAAAUGCCAUUUGCUCUUUCUUUACUCAAAUUGUAUAAACAACAAUUUCAAGAAAUAUCGAAGUUUAACGAGUAAAAGUAGAUGAAAAAGAGCAAUGCUAAUUUUAUAGAAA